UGCAGGUCCUGGCUGCCUCUUGGCUUCCUGCUGCCUGAUCCCUGUGGCUGUCCUGGGCAGAGGAGAUGAAUUCGUGGCUGGCCGGGAGCUGAGGCCGAGCGAUGGUGCUGCACACAGAAGAGGCUCUGGGAGUGACCCUGGCGUGAGGAGCCAGGGGCGAGGAGCGGCCUGGGGUGUCCCUCCUGGCGUGUGCAUCCCAGGUGGCACCAUGCUGCAGCAGAUCCUGCACGACAUGUACAUCGACCCCGAGCUCCUGGCCGAGCUCAGUGAUGUGCAGAAGCACAUCCUCUUCUACAAGAUGCGAGAGGAGCAGCUGAGACGCUGGAGGGAGCGUGAGGCUUGGGAGGCCCUGGCCCAGUUCGAGGGACUCAGGCCCCCCAAGGUCAAGCGAGCGAGUGACAAGCACAUCCAGUGGCUCCUGGGGGCAGAUGGCGAAGUCUGGGUCUGGGUCAUGGGAGAAGGCCCUGGAGACAAGCCCUACGAAGAGAUCUCUGAGGAGCUGAUUGCAGAGAGGGCGCGGCUGCAGGCACAGAGGGAGGCGGAGGAGCUCUGGAGACAGAAGGAGGCAGAGAUCACCAAGAAGUUCCGGGAUGCUCUGGCCAAUGAGAAAGCCCGGAUCCUGGUGGAGAAGUGGAAAGUGGAGACGGAGGACCGCAAGGCUGCCAAAAUCCUGGAGGAGCGCAUCCAUGAGGAAUUCAAGAGGAAAGAGGAAGAGGAGAGGAAGCGAGGAGAAGAGCAGAUUCGCCUCCAGGAAGAGCAGAGGGCGAAGGAACUCUACUGGACCCUGAAGCAGGCCCAGCUGCAGAGCCACCCCAGUGAGAAAGAGGAACGCGAGUGGGAAGAACAGCUGCGUCGGUCCAAGGCGGCUGAUGAGGAGAGAAGGCGCCGAGCCCAGCGCGCCCGGGAAGAGUACCGGCGCCACUCCCUCCGCGCCAUCCAGAAGGGCACGGUCGCUGGCCUCAGCUCCAGGUUCCGAGAGCUCGGCCAGAGCCAUGAGCAGGAGGCGAGACUCUACCACCACCUCCUGGGCCCGGGGCCGCCUUCACCCCUGGCCGUGCCUGGCAGGACUUGGGAGCGGCCCCUGUGUCCCGUCUCCAGAGAAGUCAUAGUGCGCUGGUUUAAGGAGGAGCAGCUGCCUCGCCGCGCGGGCUUUGAGAGGAGCACCAAAGCCAUCGCCCCCUGGUUCCACGGAAUUAUCAGCCGAGAAGAUGCUGAAGAUCUCCUUGAGAAUAUGACUGAGGGCGCAUUUCUGGUCCGGGUCAGUGAGAAAAUCUGGGGUUACACCCUCUCCUACCGCCUGCAGAAAGGGUUCAAGCAUUUUCUCGUGGAUGCCUCUGGGGAUUUUUACAGCUUCUUGGGAGUGGACCCCAAUCGCCAUGCAACGCUCACGGAUCUCAUUGAUUUCCACAAGGAGGAAAUUAUCACUGUUUCAGGGGGAGAGUUGCUGCAGGAACCCUGUGGACAGAGGGACAGCCCGCCAGACUACCAUCUGUUGUUUGAAUGAUAUUUUUCCCCCUUCUCAGUUGGACUCCGUGGGGCAUCCUAUUUUUGAACUCAAGAACUUCCCAGCUCAAAUUCUUAUGGCCUUCUGGAAGAUCCACCACCAUCCACAGGGACAAGUAGAUUAGCAUAUUUCAAGGAAUAUGAAAUAUAUGGUGUACGUGCUGCUGGUUCCUGACCCAGUGCCCAGGACAGAAAUUGCUAACAGCUGGUGCAACUCUUUCCUGAAAAAUUUAGAUACAACCUCAGAAGAUGAAGCCUUUUUGUCAUGGCUGCCCUAAACUGAAUUCCUAGAAUACAAGGAUCAUGUUUUAAUUAUACAAAUAAUUCCAGUGCCGAACUCUGAGUUUAACAUAUGCUAGACAUUCAAUAAAUGUUUGUUGAAUGACUGCACUUCUUCUGAAAGUUUUCCAACACUCAUCAGCAACGAUUUCUAGUAAGUUGUUUUCUAUUUGUCACUGUUUAUAAAGUCAUGGGGAUUAGAGAAGAAAUAUUGUAAAGGAUUUAUAUGGAAGGCAUAGAUACUGUGUUUUAAAUGAUACUCAUUGUCACUCUCAUUGAUAUUAUCAGUGGAAUUACCUAAGGCGUCUGAGCCCCAGCUUCCAGAAGAGAUGACUGAUACUGCCCUGCCUUCGUAUUUCCCUCUUCUGCCAUUCCUCUUCUGUCUUGGAAUCAUAUCUUGGCCCUGGUUUUGCAAUAUUGAGGCAGUGGUUUCAUGUAUUCCUACAGAUAUGCCUAAGCCCCAGGGGGAAUUAUAAAUUCAAGAAUGGCUUGUAGACAUCUGAUAAGGCCUUUGCUUUCUAGGAUGUGGUCCUGUUUAUGCAGGUUACUCAAAUGAUUACCUCUGCCUUCCUACUUCUUUU